GGUUGUCCUGCCUCUCUGGCCACCAACCUCUCCUCUCCUCCAGCAUGGUGUGUCUGUGGCUCCCCAGAGGCCCCUGUGUGGCAGCUGUGGUCCUGAGUCUGAUGAUGCUGAACCCUCCCGUGGCUUUGGUCAGGGACCCCCGACCACGUUUUCUGGAGCAGUUGAAGGCCGAGUGUCACUACUUAAACAGGAGGGAGCAAGUGUGGACUGUGACCAGAUUCAUCUAUAACCAGGAAGAGUUUGCCCGCUUUCACAGUGAUGUUGGGAAGUUCCAGGCAGUGACUGAGCUGGGGAAGCCCAUAGCUGAGUACUUGAACACCCAGAAGGACAUUCUGGACAAUUAUCGUGCCACGGUGGACAGGUGCAGAAAUAACUAUGCCCUUGUUGACAUCUUCAUGUUGAACUUAAAAGCUGAGCCCAUGGUGACUGUGUACCCCACAAAGACGCAGCCCCUGGAACACCACAACCUCCUGGUCUGCUCUGUGAGUGACUUCUACCCUGGCAGCAUUGAAGUGAGAUGGUUCCGGAAUGGUGAGGAGGAGAAGAAUGGCAUCGUGUCCACAGGCCUGAUCCAAAAUGGAGACUGGACCUUCCAGAUGCUGGUGAUGCUGGAGGCGGUUCCUCAGGGUGGAGAGGUUUACACCUGCCAGGUGGAGCAUCCCAGCCUGAGCAGCCCUGUCACAGUGGAGUGGAGGGCUCGGUCCACAUCUGCCCAGAACAAGAUGCUAAGCGGAGUCAUGGGCAUGGCGCUAGGUCUGUUCAUCCUCCCAGUGGGGCUGUUCAUCUACUCAAGGAAUCUGAGAGCAUGAUCAGAGUCUCAUGGUGCUGGAGAAGGAGCUGAGAGUUCUACAUCCAGUUUGGCAGGCAGCAGGAGUGAAUGCCACCUGGGGCCAGGUUUGAGCAUCCGAGACCUGGAAUCCAGCCCCCC